AAAAUAAACCUCCCUUUUAACUACGUGGAGUUGCCUUAAUACUUCCACCAAUAAGCUGGACUUCCCACUCAGAAGAAGGUGCACCAGACUUGGUGGUGCAGACCUAUAAUCCCAUCCAGUCAGAAGGCUGAAGCAAGAGAGUCACAAAGUCCUGCCUGAGCAACUCAUGGAGGUACUGUCUCAAAAUAAAAAGACACGUCGAGAAUGAGAGCUCUGUGGUGAAGUUCUUGUCUAGCAUGCACAAGACUCUGGCUUCAAUCCUCAGUCGAGAGGCAGGGGUGGGGCGAGAGCUGGAGAGAAGGCUCAGUUGGUAAAACACUUGCUACAAAAGCACGAGGCCCUGUGUUCACUCCCCAGCAUCCACACAGAAAGCCAGACAUGGUGGUGCACAUCUGGAAUCCAGUUGGGAGAGGCAGAAACAAGUGAACCCCAGGAGCUCACAAGCUAGCCACCUAAUAAUUGGCAAGUUCCAGGUUCCAAUGAGAGACCCUGUCUUUAAAAAAAUCAAGGUGGGCUUUUCAACUUGGGCCCGGCGGAAGCCUCUCUGUCACCUGCACUUAGAUGGCAACCACAAAGAAGGGUGGCGAGAAGAAGGGCCGUUCUGCCAUCUACGAGGUGGUGACUGGAGAAUACACCAUCAACCUUCACAAGUGCAUCCAUGGAGUGGACUUCAAGAAGCAUGCCCCUAGGGCACUCAAAGAAAUCCGGAAAUUUGCCAGGAAGGAAAUGGGGACUCCAGAUGUUCGCAUUGAUACCAGGCUCAAUAAAGCUGUCAGGGCCAAAGGAAUAAGGAAUGUUCCAUACCAUAUCCAUGUACGUUUGUCCAGAAAAUAUAAUGAGGAUGGGGACUCACCAAACAAGCUCUACACAUUGGUAACUUAUGUACCUGUUACCACGUUCUAA